AUCAAGUAGAUUUGCAAGACUUCAAGAUAUCCAAUGUGCACUUGUAGGGAGAAAUCUCUACAUGAGAUUUUGCUGCACCACUGGAGAUGCAAUGGGGAUGAACAUGGUCUCUAAAGGUGUGCAAAAUGUCUUGGACUACAUUCAAAAUGAUUUUCCGGACAUGGAUGUUAUCAGCCUCUCUGGUAACUUUUGUUCGGAUAAGAAGCCAUCUGCUGUUAAUUGGAUAUUGGGAAGGGGAAAAUCUGUGGUCUGUGAGGCAGUCAUCAAAGAGGAAGUGGUCAAGAAGGUUCUGAAGACGUCUGUGUCUGCACUUGUAGAGGUGAAUACAAUCAAAAACCUCGCUGGUUCAGCUAUAGCAGGAGCCCUUGGAGGAUUCAAUGCUCAUGCCAGCAACAUAGUAUCAGCCAUCUUCAUUGCCACAGGACAAGAUCCUGCCCAGAAUGUGGAGAGUUCUCACUGCAUCACCAUGAUGGAAGCAGUGAAUGAUGGGAAAGAUCUUCAUAUUUCUGUUACUAUGCCAUCCAUUGAGGUAGGCACUGUUGGUGGUGGGACCCAAUUGGCAUCCCAAUCUGCUUGCCUUGAUCUCCUUGGAGUGAAGGGUGCAUGCAUGGAGUCUCCUGGGGCCAACGCCAGGCUUCUUGCUACCAUUGUUGCAGGCUCAGUGCUUGCUGGCGAGCUCUCUCUCAUGUCAGCCCUUGCAGCUGGUCAGCUGGUGAAGAGCCACAUGAAAUACAAUAGAUCAUGCAAAGAUACCUCCAAAGCUGCUUCCAAUUGAAAACAACACAACACUUUGUAGAUAGCUCUUAAUACUAAUAAUACUCCGGAGAGUAUGGUCAAGGUUAAGCUUCCCCAAGAAAUUGAAGGUAUCACAUAUUGUUGCUUCAUCUAAAGCCAGCUUUACUUGCAUUUUCUCUUGUAAAACUCCCCAUGUAGCAAAGCAGCUUAGUCUUUUCCUCUUUAGGGCUUUUAUUUGUAUCAUCUAUUGUAUUUUCCUAUGAACUAGUGAUGGUUUUGUGCAAUUCAGUGUUGCAAGAAACUUGAUUUCUUUCAUCUUUGCUAACUUUUGUUCGAAUGAAAGAAAAUGCUUUGCAUGAGAA